UUCACUGGAGGGCGCUAACACAAAGCACCAGGUGGUCUGGGAACAACUUGAGAAAGGAGGAGGCCAUUCACUAGCCUGUAUUAGCUACACACACCUAGCUACUGUUAGCUAGCCGGCGGCGGCUAACGAGCAAGCUAAGACAUCAGUUUGUCUUAAUGUCGCCUGUCUUAUCAAGUGAUGGCAAGAGAACAGUGUUCACAAACCGAAGCUGAACUGUAUUACCUCAUUGCCAGAUUUCUGCAGUCUGGACCUUGUAAAAAAUCAGCACAGAUUCUGGUCGAGGAGCUGGAGGAGUAUGAGUUGGUCCCUGAACGAUGGAGUUGGGACGGGAAGAAAUACAAACGGACCUUCCAAGACUGGGUGAUUUUGAACCAGCACAUUCCUGCAGACUAUCUGCUCCGUGUUUGCCAGCGGAUAGGCCCGCUUAUAGAGAAGAUCCCACCCAGUGUUCCCGGAGUCCAAACACUUCUGGGGCUGGGAAGACAGUCCUUGCUUCGUACCACCAAAAGUUGUAGCCACAAAGUAUGCAGUGGCUCAGCUGUCGCUGCACUCCACCGAGGCCGUCCACCAGAACCUCCAGUCAGCAGUGGAGAUCCUCCCAAUGUUGUGUCCAUCAUGGGUGCUCGCCAGGCCACAGGCACAGCUCGUUUCAGCCAGGCCCUGCCAUCUUCCUCCUACCAACACAUGAAGAUACACAAACGUAUCCUUGGCCACCUCUCUUCAGUCUACUGUGUGGCCUUUGACCGCACCGGUCGUCGGAUAUUUACGGGUUCUGAUGACUGCCUGGUGAAAAUCUGGGCCACAGAUGACGGCCGGCUCCUGUCGACACUCCGCGGCCACUCAGCAGAGAUCUGUGACAUGGCCGUCAACCACGAGAAUACUCUCAUUGCCUCAGCAAGCUGUGACAAAACCAUCAGAGUGUGGUGCCUACGUACAUGUGCACCCAUCACUGUUCUGCAGGCCCACGGUGCCUCCAUCACAUCCAUACAGUUUUGUCCUGCUGUCAAAGGGACAACGCGGUACCUGGCCUCCACCGGUGCAGACGGCAUGGUGUGUUUCUGGAAGUGGCACUCGAUCAGCAUGAAAUUCAAUGAUCAACCAGUCAAGUUUGUUGAGCGGUCACGUCCAGGAGUACAGGUCUCAACUUCCUCCUUUAGUAGUGGUGGUAUGUUCAUGGCUACCGGUGGCACUGAUCAUUUGAUCAGGGUCUACUACCUUGGUGCUGAAACUCCUAUGAAGGUCUCUGAGAUGGAUGCUCACACGGAUAAAGUUGUAGUUGUCCAGUUUAGCAAUAACAGUGACAGCCUAAGGUUUGUGAGUGGCAGUCGCGACGGCACAGCCAGGAUUUGGCAUUACCAGCAACAAGAGUGGAAGAGCGUCACUUUAGACAUGGCUGCCAGGCUGCCUGGGAGUACUGUUGCCAAUGGGGAUGAUAAAACCAAGCUGGUGGUGACCAUGGUGGCCUGGGACCGUGCAGAUAGCACCAUCAUCACAGCAGUGUCAAACUACCUGCUCAAAGUGUGGAGCACAACAACUGGACAGCUGCUGCAUGUUUUAUCUGGUCACGAUGAUGAGGUGUUUGUGAUGGAGGCUCACCCAUUUGACUCCCGCAUCAUGCUGUCUGCUGGCCAUGAUGGCAACAUUUACAUCUGGGACCUGACCAAAGGAGCCAAGAUCCGCAACUUCUUCAACAUGAUUGAAGGGCAAGGCCACGGUGCUAUUUUUGACUGCAAGUUCUCAGCUGAUGGGCAGCAUUUUGCCUGCACUGACUCACACGGCCAUUUGCUGAUCUUUGGCUUCGGCUGCAGCAGACCAUAUGAGAAGAUUCCUGACCAGAUGUUCUUCCACACGGACUACCGACCUCUUAUUCGUGACUCUAAUAACUACGUGCUGGACGAACAGACGCAACAAGCCCCACACCUCAUGCCUCCACCCUUCCUGGUGGAUGUCGAUGGGAAUCCUCACCCUCCUCAGUACCAGCGCCUGGUGCCAGGAAGAGAGAGCUGCAAGGAGGAGCAGCUAGUACCCCAGCUAGGAUACAUGGCUAACAGCGAUGGAGAGUUGGUUGAGCAGGUACUUGGCCAGCAAACGGCAGAAAACAGAGAAAGCCUAUUGGACAAUCUCAUCAGACAGCUGCAGAAUGAGCAGGACGAGCGUCAGAAUGCAGAAGAGCAGGCUGAAGAGGUUGAGGCUGAUAAUGUAGCAGAGAUGGUGGCCUCCUCUCCAGCUGUUGGACCACGCAGAAGUAGGCAGGUGGAUGGCGUGUGGCAGAUGCAGCAUAAUGCCCUGCGUAGUCAAGUGGCCACCGAGAGGGACCUGCUGGCCUGGAGUCGAAGAGUGAUGGUCAAUGAAGUGCCGCAUGGGACAUUCAGAGUUUUGGAGGAGUGCAGACAAGCCAAAGGCGACAUGGAGUGUUCUCUAUACAAUGCCGAGAGAAGGAAGAAACCAGUAACUUGUGCACCCAAGAGUGAUCCAAUGACUUCACGCCUGCGCUCCCUGCGACCAACCAAGAAAAAACAGCAACACCAUGCCUAUCAGACCCGCUCAGCUCAGGUCCGACGUCCUGGGACCAGGAGUCGAAAUCCCAGCAACCGCCGUAACUCUGACAGCCAGAUAGAGUCUGACAGUGAUGGAGAUGCAGCAGAACAGGUGGAGCAAAGUGAUGCCUCCUCUGAUGGUGAAGCUCAGUGGCAGAGUGAAAGCAGCUCCAGUAACUCCUCCAGUGACUAUUCUGAUUGGACAGCCGAUGCUGGGAUCAACCUCCAGCCGCCGAAGCGACCAAUCAGGAGGCCCGUACAGCCCCAAGGUUACAGCAGCUCUGAGGAGGAAGAAGGCAAUGACCAGGCAAAGGAGGCCAAGAAGAGGGACAAUGAGAAGAGGAAGAAGCCCAAGGAGACCAAACAGAAACCCACGUCCUCUCUGGCUGGACUCGAUGCAGAGGAGUGGCUGCCACCAUCAUGGAUAAUGGAGACCAUCCCACGCCGCUCUCCUUUUGUUCCACAGAUGGGAGAUGAGCUCAUCUACUUCAAACAGGGCCAUCAGGCCUACGUCCGGGCUGUCCGCAGGGCCAAGGCCUACAGCAUCAACCCUCAGAAACAGCCGUGGAACAAACUCGACCUCAGGGACCAGGAAUCUGUGAAGGUGGUUGGAAUUAAAUAUGAAGUGGGACCUCCCACCCUUUGCUGCCUAAAACUGGCUUUCUUGGACCCAGUCUCAGGGAAGAUGACCAAUGACUCUUUCUCCUUAAAGUACCAUGACAUGCCUGAUGUCAUAGAUUUUCUGGUACUGCAGCAGUUUUACAACGAGGCUAAAGAGCACAACUGGCAGCCAGGUAUGAGGUUCCGCAGCAUCAUUGAUGAUGCCUGGUGGUUCGGCUCUGUGGAGGACCAGGAGCCUCUGCAGCAAGAGUAUCCAGAUAGCCUGUUUCAGUGCUAUGCAGUAAAGUGGGAUAAUGGUGAGCGUGAGAAAAUGAGUCCCUGGGACAUGGAGCCUAUUCCUGAGGAAGCUGCAUUGCCAGAACACGUUGGUGAUGGCGUGGAGGUAGCAGAGGAGGAGAUAAAGGCUCUACUUUACAGGCCUCAGGAAGGAGAAUGGGGGGCUCACACACGAGAUGAAGACUGCGAGAGAGUCAUCCAUGGCAUUGAUCAGCUUCUUACACUGGAGGUAGCAAAAGCAUUCACGUCACCAGUAAAUCUGCGGGACUACCCUCUGUACUGCACUGUGGUGGCUUACCCCACUGACCUCAGCACUAUCCGCAAACGACUGGAGAACCGCUUCUACAGGCGGAUCUCUGCAUUAAUGUGGGAGGUGCGCUACAUUGAACACAAUGCCCGCACUUUCAACGAACCCCAGAGCCCUAUUGUAGCAUCUGCCAAGGUGGUGACUGACGUUCUCCUGCAUUACAUCGGGGACCAGAGCUGCACAGACAUCUUGGAUCUGUAUCACAAACUGAAGUCUGAGGUCAGCAGUGGAGGAGAAGCUGAGGCUGAGUUGGAUGUGGACUCUGACACUCCAGGAACAUCUACAGGACAUCGGGGAGCCAACCUGAAUUCUAAGAAGCGUGGUGUGGCUCUGGAUGUGAAAGCAUGGCGAGGUCAAUGCCGAGAGCUGCUGCGUCGAAUGAUAGCCUCGCCGGAUUCAGAACCGUUCAGACGGCCUGUGGAUCUCUUUGAGUAUCCGGACUAUCGAGAUAUCAUUGACACUCCCAUGGAUCUGGGUACAGUGUCAGAGACGCUGGUUGAAGGGAAUUAUGAAAACCCGAUGGAGUUUGCCAAAGACGUGCGCCUCAUUUUCAGCAACUCCAAAGCAUACACACCUAACAAGAAAUCACAGAUCUACACCAUGACCCUCAGCUUGUCGGCCUUCUUUGAAAAACACAUCAUUUCCAUCAUCUCUGACCACAAGUCUGCCAUUCAGAACGAACGGCGGUCUCGUCAGAGACUCAGUUACAGGGACAGAUUGCACAACGGAGGCAGCUCACCGCCGAUUAGUCCAUCCCCCAGUCCUAAAGGGAAGCACAAGUCAGGGAAGGUGUCAAAGCCAAAAAAAUCCCAGACCUCAACCAAGAAUCGUUCUCAGAGACCACAUCAGGCUCAGCAAAGCAGCAGUGUAGCAGAGGAAGAGGACAUCCAGCCUUCUUCCCCAAGUUCAGGGACAAGCAGCGGGAGCAGAGACGAGGGGCCACAUCGGGUGACCCGCAGCCAAGCAACUCCAGAGAAGAAGUCAGGGCACCAGCGUAACUUGCAUCUAAGUAACGGCUCUAGACAGCGCCACAGGCGAGAAGCGCUGCAGUCUGACGACGAUGAGGAGGCUUCCGGAUCCAACAGCUCCUCGUCAGAGUCAUCCUCCACCUCAUCGUCCUCGUCUUCCUCGUCAUCGUCGGACAGUGAGAACAGCUCUGAUUCUGAGAUGGAGAAGUACGUGGAAGGGGGAGAUCACGACUACAGCAAAGCCCCCUGCCUGUCGGUACGCCUCUUAGCUAAGGGCAAGGUGGCAGUCUCAGGGAAAAGGAAACACAAGGGAGGAGAGGACGUGGCACAGAGACAUAAAAGAGCACGAGUGCAGCUGCCAGUAGAGCAGGGGGAAGAUGAGGAGGAUGAGGAUGAAGAAGAAGAGGAGGAGGAUGAAGAACAGCAGCAGCAGCAGGUGAUUGUAAGACAAGAAGAAGAAGAGGAGGAAGGAGAGGAGGAGGAUGAAGAGGAAGAGGAGGAGCCCGAGGAGGAGGAGGAACCUGAGGAGGAGGAUCCUGAGGAGGAGGAGGAGGAGGAUGAGGACAACUCUGAUGAGGUGCAGAGAGGGGCUGCAGCGGCAGUAGCAAGCAGUCCAAGAGGCAGCCAGUGCAAGACUCGGCGGGUCAACACACGCAACCAGGGCCGCAGGACAGUUCUGUACAGGGACGACUCAGAGGAUGAUGGCCAUGGGUCGAAGGAAGACCCCCUCAACCUGGGUAUGUCCCGCUCAGGACGGGUACGCCGUAUGACUGAGAAAGCCCGUGUCAGCCACCUCAUGGGCUGGGGGCACUGACACGUCGCCCCUUUUCAAACCUCAAUAAAAAAAAACUGUUAAACAAGAGUAAUACUUCAGGGAUUUUUUUCUUUCUUUUUGUACAAGUGUGUAUAUAUAAUAUACGUAUAUAUGGUUUUCUUUUUAUCUGAGACUGCUUAUGACUGUCAAACGAUAGCUGGUGCUCAUGAUAUGUCGACAAGGAGUUUCCUUCCCUGGUCAACAGAGCAACUGUUCAACACGGACCUUCUCCAACUGGACUAACUCACCUUGGCCUUACUGCUCACUGGAGGAGCCUUUAUGACAAGGCACUGCUCUUCUUCCCCUCCUCGUCCUGUGCGUUCCACAUCUAGUACUUAACACUAUACCACCUCCUUUCUACUCCUCUCAUCCCUCCCACACCUUUUCUUACUCCUGGUCACCAAAGAAGGAUGUGGAGAUGCCAAAUAAUGGUGCUCAUAUUUUAUUUCUCUGUUUUGUUGAUUAUUCUCAGCAAGUAAUUUAACAAAACUGCUAGUGGUCACUAGUCCAGUCACGACCACUGUGAAACGUGCAGUAUCACUUAAGGUCACUGAUGUCAACUUUUUUGGUACUUGGUCUUUCCUCACAACCAUAAGCCUUAGUUUUCAGGGUUCACAUCAGUCAGAUUUUGUUCUAUCUGUGGCUGGAGUCAAGAAAAGUGUAGUUUGGGUACUAGCAAUACUGAGGAAUCAGACUUAAGUCAGUAGAAUACAGUACUAUAGUAAUACCCCAGCUCCUACAGCCCUUACCAGACAACUUGACGUCCUCGGCCUGUGAAUGUUUAAUGCUUUCUCUUCUUCCCUUUUGGUGGUGUUGAUUGGUUUUCGGCUCUUCAAUUCUUGUAUUUGGUUGGAAUUGGGUGCUUGUUUUUUUUUUUUUUUUUUUUUUUUUGUUUUAAGGGCAAAAGUGAAUCAUCUUUUUUUAGUUUUUUUUUUUUUCCUUGGGUAAAAAAGCCACUGCAUCCUGUUUGUAUUUGUACUGUUGUACUCCCUGAUGGAUCAGACCUGCAUCUGUUCAUGGUUGCUUCCAUCACACAUUCUCCACCCAGCAUGUGCAAAAGCAAAGGGUCCCUGGCCUACUCUCUUCCACAGAAAUAUUUAUUUUUCCAUUGUAUUAUACUUGGGUUACUUUUAACUAUUUUGUACGUUAAUAGUGAUGAGGAAAAGGAAAUAUUUGCACAUUUAUCUACUCCAUGUGGCAGCUGAGUAAUACAAAUAUUAGAGAAAGGAGAAGAGAUGAAACCUCAUGAUUUUUGUGUAAGAAUGUUUAAACUGUGCCAGCACACAUUACUUCAGUCUUUUUUUGUUUUUAAUUUGAACAAGUAGCAAGUUAAACCUGUGUAUGAUGAAGCUGAAGGUCUCAUAUGAUUCGCAAUCUUAAUCAUGCUUUCUUUUGGCUUAAAGCAACCAUGGAUAAGCCCUUUGUUAGUAUGUUGUGCCAUCCCCCAAUGCUUUCUCCAUGAUGUACUACAAUCAUAUGUUUAGUUGGUGUCAGAGUCACUGUGUCUAGUUUUUCUGCAUAGUUUUAUAAUGAGUGAUUCCUGCCCUCUGUAUUGGGAUUACAUCAAAAUGGGUGCAUCCUUUUUUUUGUUGCACAAAUGUUUACUUUAAAGCUUGUGCAGUCGUUGGUUGGUAAAUCAAUUGAGUCAGCGUCCAGUCAGGAGAAACCAGGAAAGCUGACUCACAAAUUCUCAUUUCAACACUGGGUGCUCUAAUCCAAACACACCUCCUCAUCACUCUGCCUCUGUGUGGUCGGUGACAUAAGAGAGAGGCCUCGGGGGUUAUUUUGUUUGUUCAAUUUUUUAUUUUUUUGGGGGUGGGGGCUGAAGAGUUUGGUUAGUGUCAGGUUCUCAGAGAUAAAAACACACAAAUCAGCAUCUAGGGUGCUCCGAGUGGCAGCAUUAACUGGCAUCUUGAAAUUAUUCUGGUUGAGUGCGAGAAGAAGAUUCAUAUUUUGGAAUCUUAUUUUCGUAUAGUAGAUGGCUCUUAGUCUUGCCUCAAAGCAUCACAUUAGUUGAUGACAAAUACAACAAUGAGAUUCUACUGUAGGUGGAAUAAGCUUAUGUGUCUUUUAUACACAAUGUUUUGAUUGUAUGUGUUUCCUUUUUUAAUAAAAAAUUGGAUUUCUCAAAAUGAA